AUGACCUCUCUUCUUGCUAUAGCAGUUCACUUGUUGAUCCUCAUUCAGUGGCUAACACAACAGGUGACUGGCCUGGCAUGGCUAGCCAAGUCAUGUCAGCUAGGCAUAGCCAAGAAUGCAUUUGAUGAUCAGUGUGAGGGCCGUACUGAAGAAAUGGAAAGAAAAGCACCCCAGUUGUUAAAAGAAGAACUGAAAGUGGAUAGAAAUUUAAAAAUUGAAUGGGAAAUGGCAGAGACAAAAUGGAAGUAAAUAAAGAACAGAAUAAAGUAUUCAAAUCAAUUCAAUGAUUUCCAUGGAACAGCUCUAGUGGCCUAUACUGGGAGAAUUGCAACAGAAUUUAACAAAGCUGUAAGAGAAUUCCAUCAAAAUUCACAUAAAUUUCAGUUCAAAGCCUUCCAUUAUUAUUUGACAAGAGUUCUUCAGAUUCUUGCUACAGGGAACUGUUACACAGUUUAUAGAGGUUGUGGCACCAAGUUUUAUUAUAGUGGGAGAGGAAAUGUACAUUUGGGCCAAUUUACCUCAUCAUCUCUGGAUGAAUUUAUAGCUACUUCAAAGUAUUUAAAAGAAGGAGGGACACUAUUUAUCAUUAAAAACUGCUUGGGUGUUAAUAUCACAGCAUUUUCUAUGAAUCCAAAUGAAAUGGAAGUGCUAAUUCCAGGCUAUGAGGUGUAUCAGGAAGUCACUAAAGGAAUGAGAGAAAGCCUUGCAUUCCUCCUGCUGCUGCCUGGCCUCCUCACCCUGCUGUUCCUUCAUGCUGAGCUGUAA